AUGUGUGCGCUGCAGCUAGUCUUCCUCAUCCUUGCUGCUACGGCAUCGAUUAAUGCAGUCACGUAUAAUGUCACCAAACCAACAGAGUGGUGGCAAACAAACGUCUUGUAUCAAAUCUGGGUCGAAUCCUUCAAAGAUAGUGAUGGCGAUGGAAAGGGCGAUUUAAAUGGUAUCACGAGCAAAUUGGAUCACUUCGUCGACAUGGGCGUAACGUGCAUUUGGCUGCCACCCAUAUACGGGAGCCCCAUGGUUGACACUGGCUACGACGUUUCCAAUUUCACUACGGUGAACUCACUUUAUGGGACACUUGAGGAUUUCGAGGCACUGGUAACCGCGGCCCACGAAUUGGGACUCAAAGUGAUCAUUGAUUUUGUUCCCAACCACACGAGUGACCAACACGAAUGGUUUGUCAAAGCAAAGCAGGGCAUCGAUCCAUACUACGAUUACUACGUCUGGAACAAUGGAGUUUAUUACGGUGACUAUCUUAGCUAUCCAACCAAUUGGUUAGAUGAUUUUGGCAGUGGCACUGUUUGGGAAUGGGUCGACGAACGCGAAGCUUAUUACCUUCACCAGUUCGGCGUGUUCGAAGUCGACCUUAACUGGAGGAACCCUCUAGUCAUGAAAGAAAUGAAAGAGGUCCUCACGUUCUGGCUUGAUCUUGACGUAGACGGCUUUCGUAUCGACGCGGUGCCUUAUUAUAUAGAGUCUGAUACUCUGGAGAACGAAACUAGGUCCGACAAAGAUGUCGAUUCAACCGAUUACUUCUAUCUGAACCCCACCCAAACAAAGGAUCGACCAGAAAAUUAUCCUAUCGUACAAGAGUGGAAGGAGCACAUAAACAAUUACACAGCCGCAAAGGGUGACGACAAGGUGCGGUUCAUCUGCACAGAAGGAUACUCUGCCAUUGAUUACGUUAUGAAAUGGUACGAUUACGGUGUUGACUUCCCAUUCAACUUUUUCUUGGUCAAAGACGGAGAUAUCGUCAACGACGUUAUUAUGGAUACAGCGGAGGACAUCUACAACAUAUUCAUCAAUUGGCUCGACAAUAUGCCUUCGGGUAAAACAGUUAAUUGGGUGUUAGGGAAUCACGACUUCUCUCGAGUCGCCACACGUGUCGGACUGUACCGAACUGAUGGACUUCAUCUGUGCGCACUUUUGAUGCCUGGUGUUUUCACCAUGUACAAUGGCGAUGAGCUUGGUAUGACUGACACAUAUCUCACAUGGGAAGAAACAGUUGAGCCUCGAGCUUGCAGUAUGACUAAUACAACUUACACUAAGUACUCGCGAGAUCCCUGGCGCACUCCUUUCCAAUGGGAUAACACCACUUCUGCCGGUUUCUCUACAAACUCUACUCCUUACCUCAAGGUCAAUCCGAAUUACUUGACUGUAAACCUUGCCACUGAAAAAGAGGCGGAUUUCAGCCAUUAUAACAAUAUUCAACAAGCUAUUGCUCUACGUAACACCACCGUAUGGAGAGAGGGAACAGUCGACAUCGAAGUUAUUGAGGAUCAAGUGGUAGGUAUUGCUAGGCAACUUAAUGGUGAGAAACCGAUAGUUGUGUUGAUGAACUGGAUGAAUUCCUCCGUCACGUUCGACUUGGACAAUUACUUUGAUGGUCUGCCUGAUGAGUUGUCACUUGAAAUCGCUGAUAUCUAUUCCGGAUUGAGUGCGAAAAUUGGAGAUACGUACAACAAGUCAAGUAUAGAACUUCCCGAGCACGGCUCAAUGGUUUUGCUCGGUACAAGUUCGUAGUGCUUGAGAUUCAUCAACCAGUGAUAUUCCCACGCAAGUAAUAACUGCGAGAAGUAUUUCAGAUUUAUUCAAAGUUGCAAUUCCGUAACCGGCAAAUAAAGAUAUAUAUAUGAACUAUUACUUCAAAAGUGCAUGGCUGUUAAUACCUAUACAAUCAUAGAACACACAUUUUUUCCUACACA